AUGUCCGCGACCACAACUAUCCAAAACCCAGUGCAAGAGCCAUGGCAAUCUACUUCGACAAUUUCGACUGAUCCCACUGCCCACAAUGCAAAUUUCGACGCAGAAGCCCCCCGGUCGGCAUUUUCCGUCAUCGAACCCCCAGCCGAACUAUCCACCCUUACAACCCAUCUCACCGGCCAUAGCACCGACGACACAUUCCCAGAUGGUGGGCUCCAAGCAUGGUGUGUCGUCGCAGGCUCAUUCUGUCUCUUAAUGGCAACAUUUGGGGUUAUGAACACAACAGGAAUUCUGCAAAAGUAUUUCGCAACCAAUCAGCUAGCCAGCUAUUCACCUAGUGCAAUCGGCUGGAUUCCAGGACUAUUCACAUUCUUCGGUCUGAGUAUUUCCGUCCAAGUCGGGCCGAUGUUUGAUCGAUACGGCCCAAAGGCUAUUCUUAUAACCGGCACUGCAUGUUAUAUGACUGGUCUUCUUCUUCUGGCCGAAAGCCAUCUUUACUGGCACUUUGUGCUUACACUUGGUGUCCUUUCUGGAACUGGUGCUGCGUUGUUGAGUACGGUCGCGUUGGCUAGUGUACCACAAUGGUUCAACCGGAAGGCGGCACUUGCGAUUGGGAUUUCGAUGGCGGGCGCUGGUCUUGGUGGUGUGGUGUUUCCAUUUAUGCUUAGGGCUGGAUUCACGAGGCUUGGAUAUAAGUGGACAAUUCGGUUGUUGGCAUUGGUGGUGUUGGUAUUGUGUGUGCUUGGAAUUGUCCUGGUGAAGGCGCGUCUUCCGAAGGGUAGGAGCAAGUCAACUGUUAACUUGCGUUCUUUGCAAGAUGCGAGGUUUACAUGGUUGACAUUGGGAAUCUUUGGUCUUGAGCUCGAGGUUUUCGCUGGUCUGGGUCUUUAUCCAACCUAUGUGGUCAUGCAGGGGUUUUCUAACAGUACCAGCGUUAUCCUUCUCGCUGUGCUGAAUAUAGCCUCCACGGUCGGACGAUUGGCGGCUGGGGGUGUCGCAGAUCGGUUUGGUAGAAUCAACACGCAGACUGCACUCAUUGCCGUUGGUGCAUUCGCAGUGUUUGUAAUCUGGCUGCCAUUUGGCAACUCCCUGAUAGGCCUUUACAUGUUCUCGGUCAUCUUCGGCCUGGCUUCAGGAUCAUUCCUCAGUCUUGCACCCGCCUGCAUUGGACAGAUCUCAAAAGCGAGCGAGGUCGGUGGAAGAUUCGGACUGACAUAUUCUAUUGUCAGUUUUGCCACACUAAUCUGUAUCCCGAUUGGUGGUGAGAUGCUCGAUAAAGUUGGGAAGAGAGCUAUGGUGGCAUAUUUGGGGAGUGUUCUGAUAGUCACACUUGGGUUGUUUGUGAUGGCGAGAUGGGCCUGUUUGAGCUACCGCUGGAGGUGGCAAGCAAAGAUCUAG